CUUUUCUUGAGUGCAGGGGCAUAAGGGACACUACUCUAGCUUGUUACCCUUCCUCUCCAGAAAUCCAGCGGAUUGACCGGAGCAAGAGUGCUACUUGCAUCUUGAUAAAUAGGUGAUGAAGUUGACAUCACCUGAUAAAGGCUGGUCCUGGAUGGUCCUGAUCGCAGCUUUUGGAGUCAUGUUUAUACAAGGAAUCUUCAUUGGGACUCUUGGCAUCAUCCAUUUGGCACUAUUAGACAGAUAUCAGGAUACAAACUUAAGGACGUCGCUGGCUGGCUCUAUAUUUGCAUGUGCGAAUACUGCCGGAGGUAUAGUUACCAGUGUGUUGGUGGAUAAGUACAGCUGUCGUGUUGUCACGGUAACCGGUUCACUGCUCUUCACACUUGGCCUUGCUGUCUGUGCGUUCCCCGUGUCUCUUGAUAUUGUCAUAUUCUCCUACGGUGUAUUGGCAGGUAUCGGAUCUAGUAUGACCAAUACAGCAGCAUAUUUUGUUGUGGGUUAUAACUUUAAACUACGUCAAAAUAUGGCAAGUGGCUUUUCAACUUCAGGGAUUUCUUUGGGCGGUCUCUUCAUGCCAACUGCGAUAGAAAUGAUCCGAGAAUUUUAUGGGAACCGAAUAUUUUUCGUACUUCUAGCAGGUAUAGCACUGCAGCCAUGCUUUCUUGGGUUUAUGUAUUUCCCCUCCUACCUUGAAGAAUCCCGGAAACAUACAUCACUUGCACAGAACAGGAAAACUACACCAUCAGUACCUGCCGGUUUUAGAAGUUGGCUUAGAAUUAUGAAGAACCCUGGGUUUGUAUGCUUUGCCGGUUGUCUGUGUUUGACCCAGCUCGGUGUGUUUGUCAUGUAUUUACAUUUUCCCAACUAUGUGACGACGAUGGGGUUGUCUGUUAUGGAGGCCUCUUAUCUUUUGAAUGUGCGAGGAGUUUGUUCGCUUGUUGCAAGACUGUCAGUAUCGUCACUCGUGAACGUUAAUAAUCACAAUGUACAAGAGACAACGCUUCUGUUCGGAAUGUUCACGUUUCUGGCGUUGGCCAGUAUGUUACUCCCUAUAUACGGUUCAUCAUUCGGAGGACUUCUUAUCUAUUGUAUAUUUCUUGGAUUCUACGGCGAUUCCGUCUUCUCGAUUCUUAAUAUCAUUAAUAUAAAACUGGUCGGUUUACAACAUUUUGCUUCCGCCACUGGAAUUGAGUUUGCUGCUAUGGGGAUCUGUAUAUUUAUAGGACCUUCGUUUGUAGGGAAAGUGAUAGACGUCGGAGGCACCUACGAUCUCUGUUUUAUUAUAACAGGUAUAUUAAUUAUGCUGGGAGGAAUUUUAAGUCUGCUCUCGGGUGUUUUUCAAACUUCAUCGGCGGAGAAAUUACAACACAACGACAUAUCAAUUGACAGGACUAUAGAUACUUUGAAAAUAGACAUGGGACAACCGUCUACAGAAUGUGUUCAUUCCAGGAACAACCAGGAAGAUAUGACAUUAACAUCUGGCAGUAAAUUACUCCAACAGGUUGACAGGAACUAGUAAACAAACUGAGAUAUUUAAUGACGGCUCAUGGGGCCAUGGAGAUCCUUAAUGAAGACUGGUAAUAGUGUAGUAUCUUGCCUACAUGUUGAAAUGUUGUUGAUCACUUGAAUAAGGGGCAAUAACUCGUUUAUAAGUGUUGCCAAUGCAGUAUUAUAAUACGAGUAUAAAGCUACCUAACUCGAGUUCAUUACAGUUGAAUACAACAGUCACUGUGUUAGUAAACUACAAGAUCGGUAGACGGGUAAAGUACGGGCUUGAGGGAUAUGUGAAGUUUGUUAAUCCACAGGACCAGAUCUAUUUCCAUAGGCGAAGUUGAUCAUAUUCGAUUGACUCAAU